GCCUGGCUUUGCAUCAUCCAACUGAUACCACAUCAGCUUCACGCUUCACGCGACACGCACAUUCAACGCUUGUAUUUCUCAUCGGGACAUUGAUGCAUUUUCCUACACGGUCACCCUAGCGGUCCAGCCGUUGUUUUUUGCUCUUACUUCCUACCCGUGCGCGUCCCCCAGGCUGAUCCACGCGAUAAGAUGGCUGAGCUCAAUUUGGGGAAGGGUUUGACUGCAGGGAAAGUGGCCAGCAACGUUCAGAAGAAGCUAACACGAGCCCAAGAGAAGGUCCUACAGAAGCUUGGAAAAGCAGAUGAGACCAAAGAUGUUGCUUUCGAGGAAGGAGUCAUAAACUUCAACAAACAAUAUGCUGAAGGGAGCAAACUCCAGCGCGACCUGAGAGCAUACCUAGAGGCCGUGAAAGCCAUGCACGAGUCCUCCAAGAACGUGCAGGCAUGCCUUGCUGACAUGUAUGAGCCCGACUGGUACGGCAAGGAUGAAGUUGAUUCCAUUGCGGAGGAUUGUGAUGUGCUCUGGACUGACUACCAUCAAAAGUUGGUCGAUCAUGCCCUCAUCUCCAUGGAUACCUACUUGGGACAGUUUCCUGAUAUUAAGGCUCGUAUUGCCAAGAGGGACAGAAAGUUGGUGGAUUACGACAGUGCCAGACACAACUAUUCCACCACGCAUAAGACCAAGAAAAAGGACGGCGGGAUUAAAAUCACCAAGCCAUCCUCUUUGUUGGAGAGGGCAACACCCGGCUGGGCUCAAGGGAUUCUGUCAGCACACAAUGUGGCCCAGAGUAGCUUGUCCAGAAGCCAGGCAGAGGAGGAAUUGGAGAGAGCCCAGAAGGUGUUUGAGGAAAUCAAUAUUGACUUACAGGAGGAGUUACCUUCACUGUGGAACAGUCGUGUUGGUUUUUAUGUCAGCACCUUCCAGAGUUUGGCUGGUUUUGAGGAAAAGUUUCACAAAGAAAUUAGUCGGUUGGAUCAAGAUUUAUACGAUGUCUUGGUAAAACUGGAACAGACGGACACAAGCAGUGGCAUCGAUGAGUCUAACCACACCCUCAAGCCAGGAGGACCGCCGCCAAUUCCAAAAUCCCCAUCCAAGCUCAGACCAGCAGUGCCUCCUCCACCCAAGGUGACCCCAUCCAAAGAGAUGAAAACGGAAAAUAUCAUCAAUCUGUUUGAUUCUGCAGCAACUCCUGAUAUAAAUGUCACCUCCCCGACAGAGCCAGCAAACUCAGACUCCUGGCCAGAGGAUGGCGAGGCCCAAGAAGAGCCCCCCAAAAGGCUGUAUGACCCUGUGGCGGCUGCUGCGGAGGCCUGGGGCGAUGACGAUGAUACGCCGCCUGCACGCUAUGACCCCAUAGCCGCUGCCACAGAGGGUUGGGGGGACGACGAUACCCAAGCGGUUCACUAUGACGCAAACGACGAUUGGGAGGACGAUGGAACCCAGCAGGCUUAUGACGAAUCUGUUGUGGAAGCUGAGGAAGAUCCGGUGGAGAACGACAAGCAGGCGGAUGCAGAGGACGCCACCAGUCCAACUGAGGCUCCGGUUGACGCUUGUGAAGAAGAAGCUCCUCCUAAUGCUGCUAAUGAAGAGGAUCAGGGCGAAUCUGAAACAACUCCUGAAGCAGAAGCGGUGGAAGCAGCAGAGGAAACACCAACAAAUGACACGUCUGCAGUAAAUAAAGAACCCGUUGAAGAAAAGGCAGAGUCACCUGACAUGCCUCCUGGUUUCCUGUUUAAGGUCCAAGUGAUGCAUGACUAUGCCGCAAAUGACACGGACGAACUUGAAAUGAAGGCAGGUGACGUGGUGCUAGUCAUGAGCUUUGACAACCCAGAUGAACAGGAUGAUGGCUGGCUGAUGGGAAUGAAAGAGGAUGACUGGAAGCAGAAAAAAGAAAAUGGCACCAAAGGUGUAUUCCCAGAAAACUUCACCCAGAGGCUGUAAAAAGUUUCAUUGUCACGCCAACCUUUUUCUUUCACUCAUUCCCGUCUAUCAUCCCCACUCCCUGUCCUAUUCUUGCCCUGUCUAAUUACUCGGACUUUGUCCAUAAAAGCAGAACUGAAAUUGCAGUUCCACUACUGAGGAAUUCCUACAAAAAAGAAAUAACAGCCAUUACCAAGGGGCAAGUUUCAGACUUACAGUGCUGGACUGAAAAGAGAAUCCUGACCUUAUGCGGGAUUAGCGCAAAUGUGGCUCCCUCUGUAAUGACUUAGCAUAAUUCAAUCAUUAUAUUUCAUUACAAACCACCUCUCAUCGCUAAACUCUCAUAAUCAGAGAACACAAAGUCAGUUUAUUUCUGAAACAAAUUUGUGGUUUGGUCUGUUUUGGUCACAUGUAGCAAGUGAUUUUUAAAUAUUCAGGUAGGGCGACCUGUUAAGAUCAGGUGUCAAGGAGACGUUGUUUACCGAUCAGAAAUCAAUGUCAUUAGUCUUGGGCAGCUGUAACGAUCGUUACAUCUUAAAUCCUACUUUUCACUUAAACAUGGGCCACCGGGUGUUGUAUUUUUUUUUCAUGGUGAUGAACAGUGUUGAGAGGAAGUCAUUAUGCAUUCAACAAAUCGACACAACAAAGUUAGGCUUGCCUGAAAGCUUUCCAGCAAUCUGCACCAAUGAGAAGCUGCAACUGGUACUAAAAUAGUUAGGCAGAUUUAAUCACACUGGGAUCAAUCAUAUUCUAACUGAGCCAGCUUCAUCCACUUUUAAAAGACGUGCCGACGUCCUCCUACUUUCAUCAACACGACUUUGCUCACAAAUGCAAAUGUUUCCAAAUAUGCACCAGAGCUACUUGUUUUAUUUUUGUAUGCUGCCAAGCAAUGAUGAUAUGUAUAGCGGUCACCAUAUUUGCCAACUGAGAAUGCUACAGAGUGUUUUGUACUUAUGUCAGGUUCUUCGCUCUUACAUAGCCCAAACACAUUCGCAAACUCGACGUAGAUUCAUAUUUGGUAUUACCGUAUUCAAGUGAGAGUGAGGUGUGUGUGUGUAUGUGUGUUUCGGAAAAUACAUUUUUGAUUUCUAGAAUAAUGUUAUGGGGAUAAAAUCACGGAAGUAAGUGCGCCCAUUUGACGAGGAGCUUUUCAAACUGGUACUACAGGUUCCAGAUGUAAUUGUGCAUUUGUUGUGUAUAAGUGUAAUUUUGCCAAGUGAUGACAGCUACAUAUUCUAUAAAGACAUUCAUAUGUGUAUGUGAGUUAAUGUGAGCAUGCUGACUUCCCAGGUGUUGUUGUGUGAAAACCUUUCGUUUAAUACAAUGCUACUGGGAUUAUUUUUGAGGUAUGUUUUCCCACCGAAAAUUGUGUUUAUUUAUUUAUUUAUUCUCUUUUUUUAUAAGGGAACUUUUGAGGAGAUUUAUUUUGGAUAUUCACACAUCACCCCCUUCCCUCCGUGGUUUUCUAUCAAUCUUGCCUCAAAAUGUUGCCAGUGUAUUGUGGCCCAAAGAGAUUCAAUUGUGAUAAUAUAUGGAGGCAAGACAUAUAGAGACUGACUUUUUAAAUUUGUAUUUAUUUAUUUAUUGCUCAGUGAUUUGAGUGAGAUUUGCCUCAGUUUCCAACAAUGGCGUCACAGCACUGUGUUUUAAUUUUUAUUUAUUAUUCACGACUUUGGUUCUCUAUUUGUCUUAAGACAAGUCUCCUAUGUUUGGGAUAAACAUCUUAAAAAUAUUCAAAUAUCUUCCUUACCUACCCACCCCAAUAUAAAAAAAAAAGACUUCAAACCUC